AUGGCAAACCGAGGAGAUGAAUACGAUCCCAAUAUAUGCUGUAUUGAUGAUCUCAAAAUUUUAGGUAGUGCGAUUCUUCCUCAGAUGUACAAAGAUUAUUACAAUGAGGGCGCCAUGGAUCUUGUAACCCUUCGAGACAACGAAGCAGCCUUUGAUCGAUACAAGCUUAGACCCAAAGUCCUAGUCGAUGUCGCCGAAAUUGAUACCAGCGCCGAGAUUUUCGGCACAAAGACGGCAUUCCCAUUGGGACUGAGCCCUACUGCAAUGCACAAGUUGGCUCAUCCAGAAGGAGAGGUCGCGACAUCACGGGCCGCAGCAGAAAAGGGAAUCGGGAUGAUCCUAUCAUCAUACUCGACCUGCUCGAUGGAGGAUGUCGCCGCCCAGGCAAGAGAUAACCCUUAUGCUGUUCAGAUGUGCAUAUUGCAAGACCGCUCAAUUACAAUCCAACUGCUUCGUCGAGCUGAAGCAUGCGGAUACAAGGCUUUGUUUUUAUCAGUCGACAAUGUCGUUCUUGGAAAGCGACUUAAUGAGUUUCGCAACAAAUUUACUUUGCCUGACAACAUGUCUUGGCCUAAUAUUCUGAGCCAUAGCACUGAUAAAUCCCCCGGAGCAAAUUUUGACCCGAGUACGAAUUGGGAAGAGACCAUCCCUUGGUUGAGGAAGCAUUCAAAAAUGCAAAUCUGGCUGAAAGGAGUAAAUCGACCCGACGAUGUAGAACUUGCGAUCAAGCAUGGUGUUGAUGGAAUAGUACUGUCAAAUCAUGGAGGGAGGCAACUCGACGGAGUUCCUGCAACACUGGACAUACUACGAGAAUGUGCCCCUGUGGCCAAUGGAAGAAUUCCACUCACUAUUGAUGGUGGUAUUCGACGUGGAUCUGACAUUUUCAAGGCCUUGGCAAUGGGAGCGAGCCAUUGCUUCAUUGGAAGGGCCGCAAUCUGGGGACUAGCGUACCAAGGUCAGACAGGCGUCGAGCUAGCUAUCAAAAUAUUGCUGCAAGAACUUCGUAUCACAAUGGCACUUGCUGGCUGUCGAUCUAUUAAGGACAUUGACCGUUCCUUUCUUUCCGUGUUGGAAUCGAAUGGCAAGUUGUCAAAAUUGUAA